UGCACAUCUGGCAGGCUCAUAGUUAUUGGAGGCACACACACACAUACACAGACACACUGAGAGAGACGGAGAAGGAGCGAGCUGUACGCUGUAAGGCUUCACUCACUCUGACCCUGUAACAAUCUCACAGCCCCACACCUCUCCCUGGGCUGUCAAAUGCAGACAGGAGCCUCAGAGCGGAGCUGUCUCGUCUUGGAGGAGGAACUGGGCAUUGGGGAGUCUCAACAUUGCUCCUGAGGUGGUGGCAGUGGAGUGGGGAGAGGAUUUCGUGUGUCUUAUGUGCUCCAUUUGGACACUCGACCAUCGCCGAGGAGCUGCCGCCGACUACAUUUUAGAGGGGGAAAGAAAAACAAACAUGUUUUAUGUUUCUUUGGGGUGACUGUUGUGUCUGGUUUUCGGAGUCAAAGAAAGGUUAAGGACGAACAGGAAAACAAACACACUGCGCCAAAUCAGAUACAUUUUCUUUUCCGCAUCUGGGAAGCGCCGGGGCUAACGAUGGAGACGAACUCAAUGCGGAUCCUUCCAAAUGAGACGGGCCGCUCUGCAGCUGAAUUGAAAUCGUUUUAAACCGUGCACGGGUUCGGGUUUCGGGAGCCUGACUUUGGACUGGCCUCUCUCCAUCCCUCCCAGCCCCUCUCCCCACGCCCUCGGCUUCGGUCCCAGCCAAAAUGAUGCUGCUCCGCAGAUUCCGAGUGCUCAUCAUUAUGGUCUUCCUGAUCGCCUGCACCAUGCACAUUCUGAUUGACCUGCUGCCCAGGCUGGAGAGGAGACCGGAGCCGGGGCUGCCCGCCGGAGGGCCAGGAGUAGCGGGCUGCCCGUGUCAGCACCGGGACUCGCUGCUACAGCCCGGGCUCCCAGCCUGGGGCAAACCGCUGGCCGGGGCCGCUCCCCCAGGGGGGGGUGGCGGGGCAGAUACUGCCAACAAGCACACCCUCCGGAUCCUGCAGGAUUUCAGCAGCGACCAGGCUGCCACCGGCUCCAACCGCAGCGGCUCACAGUCCAUGGUCAAGGCGGAAGAAACCGGUCUGCAAGCGGUCAGGGGGCUGAUCUCGGAGCGGGUGCUGGAAGCUGUAAUCCGAGCCCCCAGCCAGUUCUCCAAAUUGACUGCACUCUUCAAACAUCCUCUGUACCAGCGCCCGAUCCCAGCACUGACACAAGGGGAAAUCUUGUUCAACAUCAACACAGACAUAAAGUUUAACCCUAAAGUUCCCCGGGACUGGGUGAAUGAAGAUGAGGAGGAUCUUGCAGCGACCGGCGAUCCCCCCAUAGACUCGUACCCCAACUGGUUAAAAUUUCACAUCGGGAUAAACCGCUAUGAGUUAUAUUCUCGCCAUAAUCCAGCCAUUGAAGCUCUGCUGGGAGAUCUACUGAGCCAGCGGAUCUCCAGCGUAGCGAUGAAAUCUGGAGGCACACAGUUAAAACUCAUCAUGUCUUUCCAAAACUAUGGCCAGGCGCUCUUUAAACCAAUGAAACAAACCAGAGAGCAGGAGACACCUCCAGAUUUCUUCUAUUUUUCCGAUUACGAGCGACACAACUCUGAGAUUGCUGCCUUCCACCUGGACAGAAUUCUGGACUUCCGCCGUGUGCCCCCUGUUGCCGGGCGACUGGUUAACAUGACCAGAGAAAUCCGAGAUGUGACCCGGGACAAGAAGCUCUGGAGGACAUUCUUCAUCUCCCCAGCCAACAAUGUGUGCUUCUACGGAGAGUGUUCCUACUACUGUUCAACUGAGCACGCUCUAUGUGGGAAGCCUGACCAGAUUGAAGGCUCACUGGCUGCUUUCCUACCUGAUCUGGCACUGGCUAAAAGGAAAACCUGGAGGAAUCCAUGGCGACGGUCUUACCACAAACGCAAGAGAGCAGAGUGGGAGGUUGAUCCUGACUAUUGCGAGGAAGUUAAGCAGACUGCCCCUUACAACAGUGGCACGCGGCUUCUCGAUCUCAUCGACAUGACUAUUUUUGACUUCCUUAUGGGAAAUAUGGAUCGGCACCAUUAUGAAACAUUUGAAAAGUUUGGAAAUGAUUCAUUUAUUAUUCAUCUGGAUAAUGGACGAGGGUUUGGGAAACAUUCACAUGAUGAGCUAUCCAUCCUGGUGCCACUGAGUCAGUGCUGCAGAAUAAAGGAGUCGACCUACCGCCGGCUACAGCUUCUGGCAAAAGAAGAAUACAAGCUGAGUGAGGUAAUGGCCGAGUCACUGGAACGGGACAAACUCUCACCCAUUCUAAUAGAGCCGCACCUGAAGGCCAUGGACAGGAGGUUACGAAUCAUUCUAAGAUCAGUCAGCGACUGUGUGGAAAAGGAAGGACGAAGCGCUGUGGUGGAGAAUGACAUAGACUACAAUAUCAAUUCAGUCGCUACCAAUAGGUAGUAGAGGGAGGAUGACCUCUUCUCUCACUUUUUUUUAACUCGUGUAAGUGAGAAAUGGAAAGUCUUGCAGAGACUGGCUAUUUAUGUUACUUUUUGAAUUCAGUGAAUUCAGAACAGAGAUGUAAUUGUUCCCAAAUAUGUAAAGUAUAGACUCCAUCCCAGAUUAUUAUAACUAAAGUUUCUAAGUUAAAGCAUUUAUUUGUUUUUCUCGAUGAUAUCCAGUUCUGAGGUGUGAAUAUUGAACAGGUAGUAGUGUGCAAUCCCAAAAUCGAAGACAAUUUUUCAAAUAGAUAUAUAUAUAGAGAGAGAGAGAUAUAUA